AUGAGAGAAGUCAACUUCAGUAUCCCGAACGUCAACAAGGCGUCAGUGGGCAUCACCACUGCGUUGUAUGACCGCCGGGCGCUCGACUGCACCUCUACCCUUCCACUGAUCAACUCGCUCAAUCAUCUUGCAUACCUCACGACAUCAUCCGCGCGCAUUCGAGACAUACUGACCGUUGAUGGAGGCAUCGAACGGCUCGUCUGCAUCCUAAAACAGGGCAGGAGCAAAGAUAUGAUGGGCAUGUGGAAAUGGAACCUAGCAUUUCAAUGUGUUGUCAACAUUGGUGUGCGCGGAACGGAGAAUGUUCGCACGCGUGUCGUCGAGGCCGACAUGGUUCCUGUCAUCGCUACCAUUCUCGAUAAUUAUAUCAAGGUGAUCGAUCGAUGCCGCGAGAAGGCAGACGAAGCGAAACAGAAGCAGAUACACGAGCACCAUCACCGACACAGAAGCCACGACCAUCGCGUAUCGUCCAGGGCUUCCGGCCUCUUUGCGAAUAGAUCAUCACGCAAUGAAAAUGAACACAGGACAAUACGGAGACAAGGACUGCCUCCAUCGAUUGAUGUCACAGCCAGCUACGCGGGACCAUCUACUGCUGCCCCGCGUCAGGCAUCAGAAGCAGCUCCUACAUCUUCCCCGACAAGAUCAGUGACUUCGGAUCGGUUAGCAGUUACACCAACCCGCCAUCGCCACAGCUUUCGAGGUACUGAGGGCCAAGCUAUCACAACCCGACAGGCCGUCCAACACAUGGCGCCAGCUAUUCCUAUGAUGGAAGCUAUUGAUGGCCUGGUGCGUCCUGUGAGAGACGCUGAUCGUUUAGCAUCUAUGGCGCUCCUAGGACAAUCCGAACUUGUGUCCCAGCCAACCUCACCGACAACGCCGCUCCCCCCUCCUCAACUACGCUCUCCGACUGUGCUACCGACUGCGAACAUUGAUGAAACCAACCCGCAGCGCCGGAGACCAUCAAUUCGUCACCAAAACUCUACCGCUGAAGUCGACGAUAUAAAUAACGACAGCAUGCCAUCCGAUGAAUCGCCAGAUGCUGAGAUGACUGGAACUGGAGAUAUGCGGUCUGCUGUUGGAAUACAGGAUAUCACCAUGGAUGAUGGCGAAGGCAUGCUGGCCACGGAGUCACUUGAACUGACUGGUGCAACUGUCUCCGAGACGCAGGACACUGGUGCCUUUAACAUCACUCAUCGCUCUCCCAUUGAUGGCAUUAUUGGGAGUGAGGUAGCUCCUGCUCCUGUCCCACCUAUCGGGCUGUCACCAAACCGCCCCUCUCUGGUUUCACCUCCUCAGCCAAAUGCGCCAACGUCAUCGGUGCCAAGAUAUUUGCUAGAUCGCCAUUUCGUGCCAAAUCCGCAAAUGCUGGCCGUUAUGCCGAGGGAGGAAGAUGUUCUCAUGUCACUGCAACUCCUUGCCUAUGUUUCAAAAUACUGCGGACUCCGCUCAUAUUUCCAAAACAGCCACCUAGUUCCUAGGCUGGCUAUUGGCAAGGACCUUGCGGCACUCGAUGGCGAAAGUGAGGGUGAAGAAAUUGACGAUUCUGUGGCUGUCGACGAAGAAUACCUGCUGCCAAAUGACUUCAAUCUCUUCCCAUUGGUUGAGAAGUUCACUGUUAGAUAUCACAGUACUGACAUGCAAUAUUGGGCUGGCGUGGUCAUGCGCAAUUUAUGCCGCAAAGACGAUACGCGGGGAGGCAUUCGACAGUGCGCAUACUAUCAGUGUGGAACCUGGGAAGAAUUCCCGAGACAAUUUGCGAAAUGCCGCCGAUGCCGUCGGACGAAAUAUUGCAGCAAGGAAUGCCAAAAGAGCGCCUGGGCUUUCCACCGCCACUGGUGUGUCGCAGCUUCCCAAUAA